CUUCUUCUUCACCUGCAGGCUGCUGUAACCUGUUUCGGCCAUGUUGUGAGACAGACGGCGAGUACGAGAAGGGGUAUGAUAACUUUCCCGAGGGUGAGUUUGGUUUCAGCAAGAGGAGGCAUUCGUAGACUCGCAAUGGAAAACCAGGCUCAGAACAAGGUUUACUUACACUACAACCACACCGAUCCUUGCAGAUACGCGAGGUGGAACGCCAGAGAAAGCUACGAAUUCAUGUACGAAAGGCCUUGGCAAGAAGUUCUUGAUUUUUAUUCAAACGCGGUCAAUGGGUGCACAUCAUUGUCGGCGUUGUUUGGGAUUGAGACAAAUGUUCAUAAUGAUGCUGAAAUUCCAGAGAUUUCUGAUAAAACUGAAUCAGAGAGUGUUUCUGCUGAAGAUAGAACUGGGAGAUGGGCAAGAGUAACGUUCAAAAUUGUUCUUUCAUAUCAUGGGGGAUCCUUUGAUGGGUGGCAAAAGCAGCCUGGCUUGAACACAGUCCAGAGCAUAAUAGAAAGAUGUCUUGGGAAAUUUGUUGAUGAGAAGAAAGUUGAAUUGCUGAAAGACAAAGGUUUACCAAUAGAAGUCUGUUCUUCUGUCGCUGGGCGCACGGACAAGGGAGUCACAGCUCUUCAACAAAUUUGUUCUUUUGCUACAUGGAGAAAGGAUAUAAAACCUCAAGAUGUAGAAGAGGCCAUCAACAGUGCAGUGCCUGGAAAACUUAUGGUCAAAUCUGUUUCUGGGGUAUCACGUGUCUUCCAUCCUAAUUUCUCUGCCAAAUGGAGGCACUAUCUUUAUAUUUUUCCAUUUAAUGGUGUGGAGGAUGGGGAGCAAUAUGGUGAGAGUGGGGAGGAUUUUGAAAAUUUUAAAUGCAAUGAAAAUAAGGAUGAGCAGAGACUUGGAUGUGGUGAAUGCAAUGGGGGGACUGUUGAAAAUGUAAUUAUUGAUUACAAGGAUGAGCUGGAAAAUGGAAAGAAACCACGGAGAUUCAGUAUUAGCAGGGUUAACCAACUUCUACGGCAGCUAGAAGGAAAAUUAUUGUCCUACAAGAUGUUUGCACGUGAUACCAAAGCUUCAAGAAAUGAUGGUCCUCCAACACAGUGUUUUGUCUAUCAUGCUCGAGCUGCAGAAGCCCGGCUGCCCUGCUCUGAUCACGGGGAAGGAAGAAAGGUUAUGUGUGUUGAGCUGAUUGCUAAUCGCUUCCUACGUAAGAUGGUUAGAGUGCUUGUGGCAACCUCAAUAAGGGAAGCAGCUGCAGGUGCGGAUGAGGAUGCAUUGCUAAAGCUAAUAGACGCAACGUGCAGACGUGCCACUGCACCCCCAGCACCCCCUGAUGGCCUAUGUCUUGUUGAUGUAGGAUAUGCAGAGUUCACCCCGCAAAACUGCCUCAUUCCAAAGGACUAAAUUUAUUGUCAUAACCACACAUCUGGGGUCCUGCCCUGAAGAUCUCUUGGGUAGGACAUCCAGCUGGUUGAAUAGGCAUAUAAGCAUCCCAUCAAUCAAAUACCUUUUCCUAUAAUCUUUAUUUAGUGUUUUUUUUUUUCCUUAAAAUUAUGUUUCUUAUUUUAUCUUUUUAGUGAUGUGUAAGAGCAGUUUUUUUAAAAGAUGCUUACUAGAUGUGGUCUACCAGGAUUGAAAUCUCCUGAAAUUAGGUUGUUAGUGAAUCUCGGGCAUGUUUUUAGACAAGUCAUCAAGAUUUUGAACUGUUGAUGUAUAGUUAUAUAAAUAUAUUUUAUAU